CAGAGACUCACCGCUGCUCGGAUUCCCCGCCCGAACGUCCACUCUUUAUAAACAACAUUCCAUAGACUAACAAUCGAUGAUAUUGGACUAACAACUACCUUACUCUCUCCCUCUCACGAUGUCUACAACAAUGCUUUCUCGCUCUCUACUCCGUCCCAUCCCCCUCUGCAAGAAGCCCUUGUCUCAAUCCCUGGCACCAUCCCUAACCCUGGUUACCAGUCGCCGUAGUAUGGCCUCCAAAGCAAAGAAGGAGUUUCUCUGCAUUCUUCCCGACAAGCCCAACUCUUUGGAGCGUCGAUUGCAAGUCCGACCUACACAUUACGAGGAUGUCAAGGGGCUGGUUUCAUCGGGGGCACUGGUAGCUGGUGGAGCGAUGCUUGAGUCCCAUGCCGGGGAGGGUGAAACGCCGGCAUUCAAGGGUAGCAUGAUUGUGUACACCGCCGCCAAUGCCGAGGAAGUGAAGGAGCUUAUCAAGAGUGACAUCUAUGCCAGAAGUGGGGUCUGGGAUGUUGAAAAGGCACAGAUCAUUCCGUAUGUCUCGGCUGUCCGUGAGCCACUGCCUUAAGGUCUUUUAUGGCAGACUGUGAUGGGGGAUGUGCCUGUUUUCAGUGGUUUCCUCACUAUAAAUAUUAUAGCCAGUCAAACAAGCAAACCAUUCAC